GUUCCUGUGGUUUUGUAUGCCCAGCACCCAGCCCUUCUUUGCUGGUGUGUGGAGGACACCUUUGCCCUCCUGACUUGGCAAAAACAAGUUGUUUGUGUUCACUUCACCUGCAAUGGGCUGCUUGCUCUUCACUCUCUGCACAGGGAAAAUGGCUUCCUCUCAGCGCUGCUUUGUAUAAACAGCACUUGGGAACUAGCUAAAUAUGAGGAUAUGGAAGAUCAAGUAGUCCUAACUGAAAAAGAUCUGCUUGAAGAUGGAUUUGGUGAGCAUCCUUUCUACCACUGUCUUGUUGCAGAAGUGCCAGAAGAACAAUGGACAGCUGAAGGACAUCUUAUUGUGGGUUUUGCCAUGUACUACUUCACUUAUGACCCAUGGAUUGGAAAACUGCUGUACCUUGAAGAUUUCUUUGUAAUGCCUGAGUUCAGAGGACUUGGCAUUGGUUCAGAAAUUCUGAAGAAUCUGAGUCAGGUUGCUCUCAAAUGCCGCUGUAGCAGCAUGCACUUUGUAGUCGCAGAAUGGAAUGAACCUUCUAUCAGGUUCUACAAGAGAAGAGGUGCUUCUGAUCUGUCCACUGAGGAAGGAUGGAGGCUCUUCAAAAUUGACAAAGAACAUCUGUUGAAAAUGGCAACUGAAGAGUGAGGAAUUAUUACAGCAAAUGACAAAUCUUAUCCCUGAAUCAUACUCUGAAUAAAGUCUUUCCUUGCUUUCUGUACAGUUUGUAGUGGAAUAAAUAGCAUGGACACUAAUUCCAAAGCUCCAUUACCAGUGCUAUUGUAGUAUAAUUGUUGCUGUUGUCAUCUGGACUUGAAACAUCAGUUUUACAGGAAGUGACAUCUAUGAAGUCCAAUUUAUUUGCUUGUAAACAUCAUCCUUCACCAGUGUGGGCUAGUGAUCUUUCAAUGUAUAUUGAAUAAAACUUCAUUGUUGUGAGUGUCAUUCAAAUGUGUACAAUGUACACACUGGCAGGGUUUUUGUUUUAAUUUCCUUUUAUAAAAUAAAGUAUAGUAUUUUCACUUUAAUGGCA